AUGGUCCUCAGGAUUGUGCUCGGCUCCGCCGCCGCGGUGCUCGGCGGCGGCCGCAGCGGCUCCCGGGCCCUAGCCGCCGCCUCCACUACUCCCACCGGUCCGAUGACGGCGGCGAGGUCGUUCUUCCGUGCCCGCGGUGGCGUGGCGUCAUCAACAGAGUCUAAGACAGCGCUGGCGUUCGUCCACAGCUGGGGUCCGACCGUACCGAAGCAGCAGCGGCGGCGUGCGCAACAUCAACAACAUCUCUCUGCCGUUCAGCAAGGGCACGAUCGAUCCCGGCGUCCCGCAGCCGGCGCCAGCGGUGCUCCUCUUGGAGGUACUAGCAGUAGCUCGGGCAGAGGGCAGCAGCGGCGGGGCGGAGGCGGCGGCGGUAGCCUGCGGCUGUCGUCAACGGCAGCAGGCGGUCCAGGAGGGGAAGGGAAGGGCUUCUGGACGGAGGACGAGGAAGUAGUAGGGUUCGAAGAACCGCCGUCCUCGACCUUGUUUCGCGAACGCGGCACCGGUGGCACCAGCGCGCCGCCGAUCGCCGCUUGGGACGGCGAUGCCGCCGACGCCGGGGAGGCCGGCUUCCUGCAGGAGGAGGACGAUGAGACCGAGUGGAUGGCCGGUCAGGAGGUCGAUCCCGAGGCCGAGGCGAUCUUCUUCGGGGACAGGGUGCCCUUCUCGGACCUGGGACUGAGCCCCGCCCUAUGCGGCCACCUGGAGGCGCUGGGCAUAGGCGGCUCCACCGCCGUCCAGGCCGCCGCUGUGCCCGGCAUCCUCAGCGGCGAAGACAUGAUCGUCGGCGCGGAGACCGGUUCCGGCAAGACCCUGGCCUACCUGCUGCCCAUCGUGGAGAGGGUGCUCAGGGGACAGGCCGUCGCCAAGGAUCUCCCCGACGAGCUCCUAGGAAAUGCCCGCGGAUGGCCGAUGUUCCCGGACGUGGUCGUGCUCGUGCCCAACAAGGAACUCUGUGAUCAGGUGCAUUCUGUGCUGAAGGGGAUUCUCAAAGCUCUCAAUGCCGACGGAAUCACGGGCGUGACGGCCGCGGCGAAGUACGGGUCGUCCUACGAGUACCCUUUCUCACCCAACAAGCCGGCCCCGAGCAUCCUGGUCUGCACUCCGUCUUUCCUCCACAAGUACACCAACAUGAAGGCCAUCCCGCUUUUCUGCAAGGCGACGACCCUGGUGCUAGACGAGGCGGACAUGCUGAUGGAGGGUAGCUACAGGAAGCAGCUGGACGACAUCCUCGUGGCCUUCCGCCGGGCGGACAGGGUGAUGGUGGAGGAGGGCCCGAUCGUGGACGGCAGGGGCAGGAAACGCGGCAUCGACAAGACGCAGUAUGUCUUGGCAGCCGCGACGCUGCCGACGUACGGCCUGAAGUCCGUGGACCAGUACAUCAAGAGAGCGUUCCCGAACGCGCGCAAGAUUCAGCAAGUCCACAUGCACAGGCAUCACCCGGCUAUUCAGCAGAACUUUGUUGAGGUUGGUGGACAGGUGUUCGACAAGAUUCAGGCAGUCAUCGACCUUCUCAGAGACACCGUUUCGGAUGCGGACACGAGCCGGACCAUGGUCUUCACCAACACGGCGGCGUCGUGCAAGCGAGCGUACGAGGCUCUGGCUGAGGAAGGGUUCUCGGUGGUGCCCUACCACAAGGAUAUCGUUCCUCUAGAGCGGCUGGCGAACCUCCAUGCCCUGAGGAGCGGGAGGGCCAAGAUCCUCGUCUGCACUGACUUGGCGGCCAGGGGGAUCGACGUCCCGUCCGUGACCAACAUCGUGCAGAUGGAAAUGGCCACCAACGUGGUACAACAUUUGCAUCGCUUGGGCCGAGCGGCUAGGGCGGGGAGGACGGGCAAGGCCACAAACUUUUACGACGACUUGACCAAGGACCUGGUGAACUCCAUCACGGAGGUGGGAGAGGGCUCCCGGCUGGACGGAUCCUUCAGCCGACAGAGGGGAUUCCGCAGAAAGUUUAAGAAAUACGGCCCAAGCCGUCGAUACCAGGGAUAA